CGGAAGCGGCUUUCGGCAGGGAAAUUGGGGGCGCGGUUUUGAAAUGAGGUCUGAACCCUGAACGUGAGAGAGCAGAAGUCUGAAGUCAGUCUGUUUUCCAGGUCAGUUCACAACGGAUUGGAUUGUCAAUUUUUUUUUUUUUAACCUGUGUAUUCUCUGCCGCACGGGGGACAUGACCUCACUGUGAUUUCCGUGAGCGUCUCUCAAGAAGCACCAGAGACGGCUAUGGUGGAGGCGAGGAAGCCGCUCUAAACGGGCAAUGCCGGAGAAAGCGUGGAUGUACCUCGGCAAUCCCGAGUUGAACUUGGAAAGAGCGGCGCAAUUUUCCCGGCCAGCUGGUGGUCCCGGCGCGUGUGGGUGGUUACCCAUUGCCAAGACGCUGCUCACUGUUAAUCCGGAAAGAGAAAAGUCACCGUUUUCCCACAUUUUUCUUGGAGGACAAAACAAUAGGGAUAAUGUCCGUGUUCCCUAAAAUAUCGUUGAGACAUGAGGUUGAAAAUUAUCUGAAAGAGGGUUUUGUGAAUAAGGAGGUUGUAUCUGCUUUUGGAAAACAAGAAGCAGAAAGGAAAUUUGAAACUCUGUUAAAUCGCUUGUCACAUCCUCCGUCAUUUACAACAGUAAGAGUAAAUACGCAUCUAGCCUCAGUGCAACAUGUGAAAGAUCUGUUGUUUGAUGAACUUCAGAAGCAGUUUAAUGGAUUAAAUGUUCCUAUUCUUCAACAUCCAGCCCUUCAGGAUGUCUUGCUUAUUCCUGUUAUUGGACCUAGGAAGAAUAUAAAAAAACAACAUUCUGAAGCAAUUGUUGGAGCACAAUGUGGCAAUGCAGUGUUAAGAGGAGCCCACGUCUAUGUUCCAGGAAUUGUGUCAGCUUCAAAAUUUAUGAAAGCUGGAGAUGUUAUUUCUGUAUACUCUGAUAUUAAAGGCAAAUGCAAAAAAGGAGCCAAAGAAUUUGAUGGAACAAAAGUAUUUCUUGGAAAUGGGAUUUCUGAACUAAGCCGCAAAGAAAUCUUCAGUGGACUACCUGAACUAAAAGGUAUAGGCAUAAGAAUGACAGAACCAAUAUAUCUCAGCCCCUCAUUUGACAAUGUACUGCCCAGCUACUUAUUUUUACAGAAUUUGCCAUCUGCUGUAGUAGCUCAUGUUCUAGAUCCUCAACCCAGAGAGAAGAUUCUGGAUUUGUGUGCAGCGCCCGGAGGCAAAACAACACACAUUGCAGCAUUGAUGCAUGAUCAGGGAGAAGUAAUAGCACUGGAUAAAAUAUCCAACAAAGUAGAGAAAAUAAAACAGAAUGCUUUAUUGUUAGGGCUGAAUUCCAUCAAGGCAUUUUGCUUUGAUGGAACAAAGGCUCUUAAACUCGAUAUGGUUAAGGAUGCUGAAGGAAAACCUCCAUUCUUACCAGAAUCUUUUGACCGAAUUCUUCUUGAUGCACCAUGUAGUGGAAUGGGACAGAGACCAAACAUGGCUUGUUCUUGGACUUUGAAAGAAGUGACAUCAUAUCCACCAUUACAGAGAAAACUCUUCACUGUGGCCGUUGAGCUGCUGAAGCCGGGGGGCGUGCUGGUCUAUAGCACAUGCACCAUCUCGCUGGCCGAAAACGAAGAACAGGUCGCCUGGGCCCUCCGAACGUUUCCUUACCUUCAGCUUCAGCCCCAGGAACCACAGAUUGGAGGAGAAGGAAUGAUGGGAGCUGGCCUAUCAUUGGAACAAUUGAAACAGCUGCAGCGAUUUGAUCCAUCUGUUGUGCCAUUAUGGGACACUGACAUUGAUUCUCUCAGAGAUGCCAGGAUAGAAGACAUGAUUUGGCUGGCAAAUAAGGAUUGUAUAGGUUUUUUUAUUGCAAGAUUCGUAAAGCGCAAAAGCACAUAGAAGAACUCUUAGAAAUGAAAAUUCUAAACGUUCACUGUAUGGUUUUCUUUUUUUUUCCCCCCCAACUGUUGUCAGGCAGAAUUGCUAAGGAAACAGAAAAGGCUGCCAGCUGUUGUACCAGGGACCAAGAGAUUUGAUCAAGAGACUCUGCUUCAUGGAGGAAGUAGUUGGGGGUGGUAUAUGAUUAUAUUUUGUAUUUUGUAAAUAAUCUUUUUCUUAAGGAUUAGCACAGUAUAAAAAAAGGAGAUGCCUGCAGAUAUUUGGAGCGUAGAGCACAUUUUCAUUUGGGGCUUUGUGUUCUAAUGUGUAAAGAAUGCACAUCAUUUUUAAUGUUAAAGUUCGUGAUUCUAACAAAAGGAAUAAAAUGAGCAGUAUUUAAUUUGGUAGAAAUUUUUCUUUGUUCUUGAGUUCCUAAAGUAGUUCCUAAAAAUUCAGGGUAUGGGAACUAUAACGUUUUCCAUAUGCCCAUAACUGAACUGAGCAUUUUAUCGGAAUUUUUCUGUUUACUACGUGAUAAAUCAAAAAUUUUUUUUUUAAAGAUUUACAUAUUUGAGAAAGAGCGAGCAGCC